GCGAUCAGUCGUGGUGAUGACGAGGGGCUUAUCAAAUCUGUUGUCAGCGUCGGAAACGUCUGUACCUGGCCGCUGAUGAUCUGUCUGUGCGGUGAUUAUAUCACAACUCAGAGUCUGGAACUGAAGAAGGCAGCUUAUGGGUGCGGCUGGUACAACCGCUCGAAGCAGUUCAAACAGAACCUGCGUAUGUUCAUACUUCGUGCCCAGGAACCUGUCAGGUUCACAGCUGGUAAAUUCUAUACCGUGUCGCUGGAGACCUUCGCUGAUAUAAUAAACACGGUGUACGCCUAUUUCACCAUUCUCAAGCGCAUGCAGGAGUCAUAAAAUUUACUAGAGGAG